AGUUGACAGCCCUGAAGUAGCUUUACUUAAUAUAGGUACAGAGGAAGUAAAAGGCACUGAUGCAAUACGAGGGGCUUUUGAGUUACUUCAAAACACCCCGGGGGUCAAUUUCACAGGUUAUAUAGAAGCAAGUGAAUUUUUAGAAGGUAGUGUAGAUGUAAUUGUUGCUGACGGCUUUAUUGGCAAUGUUAUGUUAAAGACAGCUGAAGCUACUGCGAGUACUUUUAUCCAUUUGAUAAAACAGGGGUUAUUUAAUUCACGUACUGGAAAAGUGCUUGGUGUAUUGUUAAAACCCAAGUUGAAUAAAAUAUUAAUACUUUUCAAUCCUAAAGUUAGGAGCGGAGCUAUGUUUUUAGGUCUAAAUGGCAUUGUUAUUAAAAGUCAUGGAAACUCCGACGCUGUUUCAUUUGCUCACGCUAUUAAAUUUGCAGUACACUCUAUAAAAGAAAAUCUUAACCAAAAAAUAAUUAACGGAGUAAAUAGCAUUGAAUAAAAGCUUUAUAUUAAGUACUGGUUCUUAUUUACCAGAAAAAAUACUGACCAACAACGAAAUUUCAUUAAUGGUCGACACAAAUGAUGAAUGGAUCAGACAAAGAACUGGUAUUGCUCAGCGACAUAUAGCUAGCGAAAGAGAAUUAACAUCAGAUCUAGCUGUCAAAGCAGCAGAGAAUGCUAUCACAAAUGCUAAUAUUUCAGUGGGCGAUAUUGAUUUAAUUAUAGUUGCAACGACAACUCCAGAUAAAACUUUUCCUAGUUGUGCAACAAUUGUGCAAAACAAGUUGGUAUGUAAAAAUGCGUUUGCUUUUGAUGUUCAAGCCGCAUGUUCUGGAUUCGUAUAUGCAAUGACAGUUGCUGAUUCGCUAAUAAAGUCUAAUGAAAAGAUCAAACAUGCAUUAGUUAUAGGUGCUGAAACAAUUUCUAGAAUUGUUAACUGGGAAGAUAGAGCAACUUGUGUAUUAUUUGGAGAUGGUGCUGGUGCGGUGAUAAUGGGAUCUACAGCAUAUAAUAUUAAAACUGAGGUGCCAGAAAAUUUUAUAAAAGGUAUAGUAUCCACUAACCUACACUCUGAUGGUAAUACAGACAUACUAUAUACAAGUGGUGGUGUAUCUUCUACUAUUGAUUCAGGAAAAAUAUGCAUGAACGGAAGAGAGAUGUUUAAACAUGCGGUAGAUAAAUUAGCAAGUGUGAUAGAAGAAACACUAGAGCAUAAUCAUCUUAAAAUCAGUGAGGUAGAUUGGUUUAUUCCUCAUCAAGCAAAUAUUCGUAUUAUUGAAUCAGUAACAAAAAAAUUAGAUUUUCCAAUUGAAAAAGUUAUCAAUGUAGUUGAGAAACAUGCAAAUACUUCAACUGCAUCAAUUCCAUUAGCUUUAGACUGCGGAGUACAGGAAUUAAAAGUAAAGCAUGGGAAUACCGUAAUGCUUAUAGCAAUAGGUGCAGGGCUCACUUGGGGCUCUAUACUAUUACGGUAUUAAGAGCCCUAAUGUUUAUUUCUCUGAGAUUUUUUCUAUUAGCUUUUUAAUUAAUGAUCUUAACUUUCUACUAGAUUCAUCAAGGUUUUGGAUCAUAUCAUCUUUUAUACUAUAUGACUUAAUCACUUCCUUGUAAGAGCUUUUGAUAUAAUUAAUCAUGCCUUCAAUUUGAGCAAUCAUUUUGUUAACAUCCAUACUACCUGAAUCUGCUAUGAUAGCAUUAGGUGCAGCUCCGUCUAGUAAACCACCAGCCAUAAGUUGUUGUGAGAUUUGCAUAAAUGGCUUUAAAGUUUGAUUGAGCAACUCGGGGUCUUUAGCUAACUUUUCUAUUUGUUCUUUACAAGUCUCCAUAUACUGCUUCAUAAAUUCGUCUUCGUUACUCAUAUUAGACAUACCUAUAAAUAAUUACCUAUUGCACUAUAUAUCGCUUUUUAAUUAAAAACAACAAAAG